AUGACCUUAUUACACUCUAUUGCUCAACAACUAUUGGGAUGGCCUCUCUAUCUUUUCGCAAAUGUUACUGGUCGUGGUAUAGGAAAGAAGAAUGGAUUCGGCAACGGAGUAAAUCAUUUUGAUCCAAGUAGUCCACUAUUUGAAUCCAAAGAUGCUGGCCUUAUUAUACUUAGUGACAUUGGAAUCGGAAUAAUGGCCAUGAUUCUUGCAAUUCUCUGUAGAGUCUAUGGUAUCAGCAACAUGACGAUCUGGUAUUUUAUUCCCUACCUAUGGGUAAACCAUUGGCUUGUAGCCAUCACUUUCCUGCAGCAUACCGACCCAUCUUUGCCCCAUUAUGCGGGUGCAAGCUGGAAUUAUGUUCGUGGAGCUGCAGCCACAAUAGACCGUGAGUUCGGUUUCAUUGGUCGCACACUAUUCCAUGGGAUAAUCGAAACCCACGUCCUCCAUCAUUACGUGAGCACAAUCCCAUUUUAUCAUGCAGACGAGGCUACAGAGGCCAUAAAAAAAGUCAUGGGCAAACAUUAUCGCUCUAACGUAGAUGGGGGAUCUAUCGGAUUUUUGAAGAGCUUGUGGACUACCGCACGCUGGUGCCAGUGGGUCGAGCCGUCAGAUGGUGCAAUUGGAGAGGGGAAGGGUGUUUACUUCUUUCGUAAUCACAAUGGGCUUGGACAAAAGCCGUUAAAGAUGAGUGCCAGAGAAACUUUUGGUUCAAAGGAGAUUGAUUCAUAG